CCACGAUUUCACCAGGGACAAAGUGGGUAGGUUGCUCUCCACGACAACUCAGACGACAUCAACACAAGCAACCAGCUUUCAGCUCCGACGACAUCUCGAUCCGAUAACGCCUACUUAUCCAAGAAACAGUAGAGAACUAGCAAGAUCGCAUUUCUUUAUCGUCAAAUAAUCUCUUGCAAGAUUCCAUGCACCACGCGACGAAUCUGAAUCUGUCUCUGCCCCUCCCUCCAUCAUGGAUCUAGGGGACUCUAUCAACCCCGAAGCACAGCCUGAGGAAAAGCCUCGCACUCUCCCUGCAGAUCUACCCAGAUCUCUCGAUGACAGAAGGCAUGUGCCAAAUGAGCACCUGAUCACCGAGACCGAGAUGUACGAUGGCUGGCAAGGCCAGUCCCAGUUCCUCACAACACCAGCUAUAGCAAAGCCUCUUAACUUUGGCAACCUAUCGCUAAACGACCCCGAAUACGAGGAUGACAUUACCAAAGGACCCAAAGACAGCGACACGCGAUUAAUGGAAAUGCUGGCCGCCCAGGCAGCGCACCAAGCAGCUCCUGCUUUCGAGAACGAAGAUGAGGUUGUGAAUAGUGAAAGCUUGUCCGAGGCGGAGAAGAAGGAGAAAUUACAAAAGGCACUCAACAUGGCUGCAAGUAACGGCGAUGUCGACAGAAUUCGAAAGCUUCUCAAUGGAAAGGCAAAAGACUACAUUGAUUUGGACGCUGAAGACGAGGAUGGGACACCGCCCCUUAUCUAUGCUAGCUGCUUUGUGGGUGUGCCGUCAUAUGUUGCACAUAAGUCACUAACCUCCAGUUAGGGCCAUGAACCUGUUGUCCAAGCAUUGAUCGAUGCAGGUGCCAACGUAAACAAACAAGACCGCAAUCAAUGGACAGCUCUAAUGUGGGCCAUGACAAAUCGACACAAGGGUAUUGCUAAACUACUCCUCGAUAAUAAUGCCUCCUCCGACCAAAAGACAUCAUCGGGACGAACAGCAUUCGACUUUGUCCCCCCGGAUAGCGAGAUGUCGUUCUAUCUCCACGAUAAUGGCUACAGUAUUGGAAGCGCCGGAACAGAUGACUUUUACCGACCUGGGUUCUCCCAGGAUAGAUUCGAAGAAGAGAUGGCUGAGAAUGAGAUGCGGAGAAGACUGAUGAUGGAGAGUGCUCGUGAUCUCGAGGUUGACUUGGGAAACGUGGGUAUGGAUGAUCAACCCGAGCCUGUCGAUGAGUUUGAGGAAGAGCAACAAGAAUUCGACUGGAAUCGCUGCUUACAUGAUCAAAUGUUUGUUUUUCAAGAACACGAACUUGAACGCAUCCUUGAUAUCGUUAUUACCAAUAUGACGCCUCAGAGAUCACCGACACAGAAACCGGUGCCAGCCAACAUGAUAUUUCUUAGCGCACGAUAUGCGCAUUACCACUCAAGCCCCGAACUUCUGGAGCGACUCUUGGUGUCAGCUAUGGAUUACAUCAAUGAUGUUGUUGAGAGGUGUCAAUGGGAUAUGACUAUUCUAGCAUUUUGGAUCUCAAACGCCACCCUACUGCUUCACUAUCUAAAGAAAGACCCUGGGCUCUUUGAGGCAACGGGCGAGUUCCAGGCGCAGCUGGCUGAAUUGAUAAAUGAGAUCUUUAUUCUCAUUGUACGAGAUGCUGAGCGACGUCUGGACAAGGUCUUGGACGUAGCCAUGCUGGAACACGAGACUAUUCCCGGAUUCGAGGAUAUCACUUUCCAAAAUGAGUGGAAGCUCUUUAAGCGAAAGAAAGAAGUCAAAGAGGAGCCACUAGAAAAGCGAUUCAGACCACCAUCACCGAAGCAGCGAGCAAAGCCAGCCCCCCGAAACGUCACCUCACUUCUCUCCUCUACUCUAUUUGUACUCGACCUUUACGAUAUCCACUCCGUGAUCACUGCGCAAAUCAUUUCCCAGCUUAUUUACUGGAUUGGAGCAGAGCUCUUCAACCGCAUUAUGUCAAAUCGAAAGUACCUGGCAAGAACGAAGGCCAUGCAGAUUCGCAUGAAUAUCUCAAUCCUAGAAGAUUGGGCUCGGACGAAUAACAGACAGGCAGAGCACUUUGAAGGAGGUGAAAUGCGCUCUUCUGGGGAAUCAACAAUGGAUGCUACUCGAAGACAUCUGGCACCCGUAAUCCAGCUACUCCAAUGGCUCCAGUGCUUUUCAUCACUUAAUGGAGAUGAUAUGGAGGCUCUGGUUAUCACACUACAGCAGCUCAAGAGACUGAGUCCCCAGCAACUUAUCCACUCAGCCAACCACUACAGGCCAGAAGUGGGCGAGAAGGGAUUACCAAAAAGUGCUAUGAAAUACUUGAUUAAUCUACAGAAAGAGGCGGUGCUCAAGCGAGAGAGACGGCGGAGUGGUGUACCUUCACCACAAAAGUCGGGCCAAGACAGCACACCAGUGACACCGGUAAAGGGCCGGUCAAACGGGAAUAAUCUCGUCACUCCUGGAAGUACUGCCAGUCCUCCAGAGGAUGAUUGGGACGAAGAUGAUGACAUGCCAGAGCAUCUGCUGCUGGAUCCCGCCCUGAUGUUGCCUUUCGUGCUCCCGUCGGUAACUGACAUGCUUGUAACUUACGGCGCUGGACUCGGUGGAGUCAACCGUGAGCGAGAGCGCAAGUAUAUCCCCACGGUGCCACCGGAGUUUCUUGAGAAGUUGGAGGUGAGCGGCGGAACUAGAAAGGGACCCAUGUUCGGCGAAGCAGAUUGGGAGAAUGAAGAAGUUUGAGGAAGUGACACUAAGGCCGUCAAGGAUGCACAACCAAACCGGCUGACAGCGAGACUCGACCUGGAAGAUCCAAUGAUGGGGGAGGGCUGCUUCUGAGACUCUUUUGCGUAAGCAACGAGGUCUCUCGCAGUUGAUAUCAAGGAUUCGGUGAUAGAACGUGGACGUCAAGGAGCAUCUCACGGGCCAGAUUUGGCGAAUCAAGCCAGUGGUGGCAGAGACUACGGAAAGCCUCAUAUGCAACCUGCAAGGGGCGAAAAGCCCUGAGUGCCGAGAGAAACCCCACGGUGACGGACGCGCAUCCGCUGCCACGUUCUCAACGCGUUGAAAGACCAUCGCCAGACGGUGGGGCAUUUGGCAAACGGCCCAUCCUAUACAGUUUCCAGGCCAGAAGAGGCAAAAUGGAAUAUGUCUUCAUUUGUAAAUUCUAACACGAGCGAGGUUGUAUAGUUCAGCACAUGGCAAAUGGAGUCGUGCAAGGAAAAUCUAAGAACCUGGUGGUUUGCCAAUUCUUUGUUGCUUUUUUCUAAUCAUGAGAGACAUGUGCCAGCCCUCUCAACUCUCCCAUACACCAGCCACCUGAUCGAACAGUGACUGUUUGACUCAUCGGGCUUGUGGUUGCAGAGCAAACUUCAAGCUUUGUGGGCCAAAUGCGCCAUACUCC